UCCGCCCCCGGCCCACCCGCUCCCACGCUUCUACGGAAGCGUCACGGCUACACUAGCCAUCAUGAAUGGACCUAACCAACCCCCGACCGGAGGGGCACAACAAGUCAGCAUCGGCCCAUCACAUGGCUCGAACCUCCCGGUAGAUCAGCAGGGAGAUCUGCAUAGAAUACGCACGUUACUAGACACAUGCUACGACGACGGCCUCUUCCCCGAAACUUCCUUCUCGCAUGGGGAAAUCGAGGUUGUAGAUGGCAUUGGCUACUUGAAUCUUAGCGACGAGGUCGACGCAGCCACAGUCGCAUGGUUAAAGGAUCGAACAGUUAUCGUUAUGUUUGACUGUAGAGCUUCCACCUUCUCUGUUGCACAGCGCGAACAGUUCAUAAGGAUAUACGAGGAUGCUUGGUUUCAGGACAUCAAUUUCAACCCGUCGCAUAAGCGUGGUCGUACGCACGGUGAAGCGCCCAACGUAAUGUCUUACGUGGCACGCACUAGCAGGAUCGCACAAUGGACGAUAGCCAAAGGGCAGGACUUCAUCCCCUCGAGGCAAGGCCCGGUCAGAGUGACCUUUCGGCCAUGGAUGACGCAACAAGAGCUGGAUCAGCUCAGAGAUGCGGAAUCGGCAGCUCGUUAUCGAAUCAUAGCUCUGCGCAUCCCUUUGGGAGCAAUGUUCUCACUGCGCAACGCAGUCGAAAGGCUUAUGGGCCCGAUCAUUCACAUGCAUCCUCCAGAUAGGAGGGAGGACGAGCCCCGACUUGGCAACGUUAAAAUCGAUUGCGACCCGGUGGUCGAACGAAAUUUUAAAGAAUGGAUUGUGCUUCGACGACCGACGGGACAAGCCAUGCAAGUCCAAUUCGCCAACCAAGACACGGCCUUCUGCCAAAAGUGUCUAUGGUGGUUUCAUGACGAGUUCGACCCCGAGUGUCCCCGCUUCCAUGAGCUGAUGCCGCUAGGUCGCCGAAGUAGGACGCGUGGAGGCAGACGCGGACAGAACCCCACUUCUCACCACCCAGACCAACACCUGGCGCUUCAGCCCUUCACCAUAUACAACAACCCAGAAUUUGUCCCCCUUCCCUUCCCUUCCCAAGGUGUCGGUGCCUCGUCCUCGGGUGGGCAGACCCAUGGGCAGCUGACUUCGCUAAGGAAUGUUGAAGGCCACAGUCACGGUGCAGGGAGCUACACCGUUCAGCCAACGGCAACUGACGCAACAAUGAGAGACCCGAGGCUGUUUCUUCGGACCCCUGUAAAGCAAAGAAGGAUCAACGGAGAUGGAGAAGGUGUGAUCACCCAAGAGGAGGAAGAGGGAGAAUUGGACUUCUUUGCUGUCAGUGCAGCGGGGGCCUCAACUCAUCAAGCAUCCUCGCAAGGGCCACCCCAGCAACCUCCAUUUAAUUUAGCUCUGCUGCCAACACCAGUACUGCAGGCUUCAAGCAGCAGGAAUGCAGUGGGCUCCAUCAGGCACCAACUCGUCCCGCUCUGCUUUAUGCUCUCUCAACAAGGAACCAAAUUCAUGGCACGAAGAACAGACAAGGGUUUUUUGGCAAUUCCAACCGUUGCAGUUAGCAGUUCCCCCACAAUGAAAGAAGCGGUGAAGUAUGUGGCUGCAACUUUCAUAGUCGAAUGCUUUGCGUUUAGGCUGGUUCCUGGUGUGCGAAUAGGACGUAAAACGGUGACUGCCAGUAAUGGAGGCAGCUGGCAUUUUUCAAUAGGCGUGCUUGAUGUCAAAAUUGCACUGGACACAGCCGCGCUGCUGGCAACUCAAGAUGUAGUCUGGCUGCCUUCUAGCUGGUUGGCUUCCACAGCAACGGAGGAACUGCAGGAAACGUUCCUGACCGACGAUGUUAAUGCCAAAAUUGUCGCAGAGUUCUGCACCACAUUGGCUACCGAUAAGCAGCCUCAUUCUGCCGGUUUCCGCAACCUACUCCUUGCACCUUGGGGCAACUCGGGGGAAGGAGAAACAGCAAGAAAGCCGAGACCAAAACAACCAGCAGAUGAUUCGCAGCGGAUCCAACACGAAACCGCGCCAACAUCAACUGAUGUCCAGCCUUAGGGUUGCCACAUGGAACAUCGAGGGUUGGGGGACACGUCAGAGGCCGGAGGCAACAAGAGGAAGACUGUCGAUGCAUGGUUGCUAAGGCAGAGGCAGAGAUGAGCGCGGAGCCGUUGGCAGAAUUAUACUGGCUCCAUCGAAGAGAAAGAGCGUUGCUGCAACUCGAAGCCCUGCAGGUGAAACAACAAACAACAUGGGCAAAG